GUCAUUUCAUUUUUAGCUAUUUUUCAGCUAUGACAGCUACCACAUCCACAUCUACAUCCUCCCAUCGAUUCGCAUCGGAGCCCCGUCCUCCAACUCAAAUAAAGCGACGAGAUGACCGUAUUCGAACAUUUAAUUCAUUUGAUGACAUCACCGAAUCCGAAGAGGAAGAUAUUCAGGAGCCAACUAGCAGCAGCAGCUCGACCACAUCAGAACGAUCUCCUUAUGCAACUUAUGAGCAAGAGAAAUUGAGUGCAGCCAAGAUGCGCAGCUUCUCGCUCACGAAUAACCCAUUUUUGUCUCCAAAAACAUUGAGACAAUUCUUCCCAUCAACUCCUCGCCUUUCCCGAGGAUUCUCCGAUCCGGUUGUUCGUCGUAAAUCGUCACUUCCAACAAUCCUAUCAUGUCAUUCACCUGAUCAUUCUGAUGACUUCCUUGGUCUUCCACCAAUUCCAGAAGCCACAACUCCAGCUUCACCAUCUUCAAAUGCUCCAACCACGAAUCCCUUUCAAAACAAUGAUUCGACAUAAUUAUUUUUUUUCUUUCAUCAGUUCUUUUUCUUUGUAAUUUUUGACAAUGCGAGUAAGUGAUCAUAAAUAAAUGAUAGUUUU